CAACUAUUGCAAAUUGUGUAUUCAACCAAAUAAGAAGUCGUUUUGAGGGUUCUUAUUUUGCUAACAAUAUUAGGGAAAAAUCAAUGAGUCCUAACCAACUAGAACCAAUGCGACAAGAACUUCUUUCAACUAUUUUUAAACGUGCUGAUUUGGUGAUAAAUUUCAAAGCAACAGAAACAAUGCUUAGACGAAAACGGGUUUUUAUUGUUUUUGAUGAUAUGACAACUUUUAGUCAAAUAGAAUAUUUAGUUGGAGAUAUGUAUUCCUUAGGUAAAGGAAGUCGAAUUAUUAUAACAACUACAGAUAAACAAGUACUUCGAAAUUGUAGAGUGUAUGAAAGAUACAUAUAUGAGAUGAAGGGAUUGUCUGAGGAUAAAGCUCUCAAACUUUUUAGUUGGUAUGCUUUUAAGCAAAGUAAUCCUGACAAAGAUUAUAAUGACCUAUCAAAAAGGGUUGUAAAAUAUGUUGAAGGUGUUCCAUUAGCUCUUAAAGUGUUGGGUUGUUAUUUACUUGGUAAGUCAAAACAAAUUUGGGAAAGUGCAAUAAAUAGAUUAGAAAUAAUUUCUCAUAAGGAUAUUCACAAUGUACUAAAAGUAUGUUACGAGGGACUGAGUGAUGAUGAACAAAAUAUGUUUCUAGAUAUUGCAUGUUUCCUUAAGUUCGAGAAUAUAAAAUUUGUGAUGGAUUUCUUGAAUGCUUGUUACUUGGAGGCUGGAAUCGAAGUAAGUGUUCUCAAAGACAAUUGUCUCAUGAACAUAUCGAGAGAUAAUAAGGUAACAAUGCACACUUUGCUUCAAGAUAUGGGAAGGGAAAUUGUCCGACAAGAAUCCCCAAGAAAUCUUGGUACACGUAGCCGUUUAUGGUACUAUAGAGAUAUUGAUAGUGUGUUGAAGGAAAACAAGGUGUCUAAUGCAAUCGAAGGCAUAUGUUUAGACAUGUCUCAGCAAGCAGAGAACAUAUACUUACAACCUUCUUCUUUAGGAGUGAUGGAUCAACUGAGAUUCUUUAAACUACAUAACUCAGUGGAUAAUAUCAAUAAGGUGCAUGUUUCCCACAAGCUUAGUUUUAUUUCUUCUGAGCUACGAUACGUAUGCUGGUAUGGAUGUCCAUUGGAAUCAUUGCAGCCAAAUUUUCUGUCAAAGAACCUUGUUGCACUUGACAUGCCUCAUAGCCAUAUUGAACAACUUUGGUCAAGUGUUCAGCUUGUUAAUUUGAAACGUAUUGAUCUAAGUUUUUCCAAACGUCUGAGAAGCCAAGAUCUCUCAUUGACUCCAAAUGUUAAAAUUUUGGUUCUGGAAGGUUGUACAAGUUUACGUGAGAUUUCCUCGUCCAUUCACGGUUGCAAAUAUGAGCUUCAUAUGUUAAAUCUAAGGCACUGCAGAAGCCUCGAGAGUCUUCCAACAGACAUUCAUGUAGCAUCUUUCGAAAAAGUUAUCUUUUCUGGAUGUUUGAAACUCAAGCAGUUUCCACAGGCCUCGUGGGAUAUGAAAGAGAUAUAUUUAGAUGAAACUGCAAUUGAGGAUUUGCCCUCAUCAAUAGAGAAUUUAUCCAGACUAGUUAUAUUAAAUCUUAAGGACUGCUUAAUGCUUCAGGGGCUCCCAAGCAAUAUCUACCAGUUGAAAUCUCUUCAAUAUCUCAAUCUGUCGUGGUGUUUAAAACUUGAUGGAUUGCCUGAUAAAUUGGGAAAUUUAGAAGCUUUGAGGGUGCUUAAAGCAGAGAGGGUGGCUACAAGAGAAGUACCAACAUCCAUUCUAAAUUUAAGGUGUCUAGAAGAGUUAGAUCUGACCAACUGUGGUAUUGUGAAGUUGCCGAACAAUCUUGGUCAGUUAUCAUCGCUAAAAAGUUUACUUCUUGGCAGAAACUUCUUUAACAGCAUUCCAGAAAGUAUAGAACACUUGUCUGAAUUAUCUUAUCUUGAUGUAAGCUAUUGCGAGAGGCUUCAAAUCCUGCCAAAGCUUCCAAGCAAAUUGGGCAAUAUAAAUGCAAACAAUUGCAUAAGUUUACGAGAUCUUCUGAAAAGAGAUUUUUCUCCCAGCAUAAGAUUUAACUUCAGCAAUUGUUUCAAACUGAAUCAAAAUUCCUGCAGUCAAAUUAUGAGACAAUUUCGAGUGUCAGCGAAUCUUCAAAUUUCAAGGGGAUCGGGACAGGAAAUUUUUCUAGAAACUGAUAGAAGUUAUUUCUGUUUUCCGGGAAGUGAAGUUCCAGAAUGGUUUACCUUGUGUGCUGCAGGUUCUUCUGUAACGUAUCCAUGGGCAAAUAUUUGCAGUAGUGAAUUGACUUCUCUUCUUAUCUGUGUUGUGGUGGAGUUUCGAGACUAUAAUAAAGACCAAGGUUUGGCGAUUGGCUUGGACUGGUUGCUCAAGAGAGAAGAUGGUGCAGAAGAAGUUAUCCACGGAACUUGGAGUGUAUGGGACAAUGGUACUGGACCCGACUAUGUGGAAUCAGAUCACGUAUUCCUGGGAUUUUAUCCUGCUUUCAAGUUCGAUGAUCCACUUUUACCUAGAGGUGAAAGAUAUCGUGACAUAGGCAUCCGAUUUCAUGUUCAGAAUUCAUAUGCUGAAAGACUACACUACUGCAACGUAAAGAAGUGUGGUUUUCUUGGUCGAUAUCUGAUUCCAGACAAGGACCCUUUUGAUUUAUACUUCGAUGCUCACUUAGAAUAGUAAAAGACGAAGAAACUACUAACAAAAGAACUUUCAGCCUGAAAUCAUCUUUUUCUAUCGUCUCAUUGAUGGAAUAUGCAAAACAAGGAAACUCAAAACAUCUUGGGGGCUAUUUCACAGAUUGUAUAUGAAGAUUUGGAUCCAGAUGUUGUGACCUAAUGAUUGAUGGGCUUUUGUAAAGAAGGGCUCCCAGAAAAGCAAAUGAUUAAUUAUUUAAACAUAUUUUAGAUGUUGGAGUAAGUGUGUGUUUUGAUAGGUACAACCUAAAAGUACAGAAUUUAUAUCAGUUUAUAAGAAAUGGAUGAAACAUCAUACAACAAAACAUGAGGUCAGGAAUACCUUAUGAAUCUCCCUCUCAAAUUUGUACAUUGGAUCUCGAGACUCAAGGUUCAUCAAUGGGUGGUUCUGUGAAAAUAUAUGUAUUCAAAAAUAUCUUUUUUUUAA